GCCACUAUUACUAGUACCUCCACCUUCUCUCUGACGUUCUCCGCCCCACCUUUCCUUUCCCGUCGUCUCCAUUCCUUCAUUCACUGGCGGCUGCCAUGAAUUUUUUCAAAACAAAGCCACGGACGCCGCCAGAUCUUGUACGAGGCCUUCGCGAUGCCAUUCCAAGGCUUGAAUCCAGUGCCCCAGGAGGUGAUACUCGGAGAAAGGCCAGCGAGGAUGUAUCGAAGAAUCUUCAGCAGAUAAAGGCUAUACUGUACGGUGAUGGUGAUCCACUACCAGAGCUGGUUGCACAACUAGCACAAGAAACAUAUAAUACCGAUCUCCUACAGCACCUUGUACAAAACAUCGCCCGAUUCGAAUUCGAAGCCCGAAAAGACGUUGUCCAGAUAUUCAAUAAUCUCCUGCGACGUCAGAUUGGUUCGCGAUACCCUACUGUCGAGUAUCUAUCAGGGAAGCACGAGAUUUUAUUUGCGACGCUCGCUGGAUACGAGAACGAGGACGUUGCACUCAAUACGGGUAUGAUCUUAAAGGAGAUGUUGAGACACGAAGCACUCUGCAAGAUUCUUCUCUAUUCGGAUAAAUUCUACAACUUCCCGCAUUACAUUGAAACCACGACUUUCGGCAUUUCAUGUGACGCCUUUGCUAACCUCAAGGAGACGCUGACGCGGCACAAGCCGAUGGUAGCGGAAUACCUCGACAAGAACUACGAUCGCUUCUUUUCCUCCUUUACAACUCUCAUCCUCUCCAAUAACUAUGUCACAAAACGACAGUCUCUCAAACUUCUCGGCGAGAUUCUCCUUGAUCGCGCCAACUUCAAUGUCAUGACGCGGUAUAUCGCCAACGAGGCCAACCUUAAGAUGAUGAUGAAUUUACUCAGGGACAAGAGCAAGAACAUACAGUUCGAGGCGUUCCAUGUGUUCAAGGUGUUUGUAGCGAACCCCAAGAAGCCUCCUCAGAUUGAGUCGAUACUCCGGAGGAAUAAGGAUAAGCUUCUGCAGUUCUUGAAGAAUUUCCACAAUGACAAAGACGAUGAACAAUUCAGCGAUGAGAAACAAUUCCUUAUCGUCCAGAUACAAGGUCUCUAGUGUUUCUUGUUCAUGAAACGUAUCACUCUUGUUUGUACCUCUCCCCAUGCAUCUGCAUGGAUCAUUCCACGCACCAAGUUCUCUGCAUCAAUUCAUAUUUUGGCACUUUCUAUAAUAAUACUCACUUAUUUGUUUGAAUACUGCUUUCACAUUUCGUCUUACGUUCAUCCAUCCCUUUCUACAUACACACAUCUACCUCAGUGCAUAUUCACCUUGUUGCUCAGCCGUUUCGUGGUAUGUAGAAAGACCAUCCUGUCCUUCUCACGCAAGAUAUGUACCAUCAAUCCAACGUUUUAUGCCACAUGGCUCCCAUGGAACAUUUGAAGAUAAUGUUGAUUCAACUACCGUGGCACACUAGGUUGAUCUGAAAGGCAAUAAACGAGUUGUAAACUCGCAUGCCGGUACACCAAGGACAGGUGCAGGGAAAGCGUUCAUAAGAGAACAAAAUCGCAGUACAUCUUGAUUCAUCGCACG